AUAAGAAUUGAACAGUCUGGCGAUCGGUGACUCUGCUGGCGCUGUUGACAUUCUUUGAUGGAUGCGUGCUCCACAUGCUCUCCGAAAGAUGUCUCUCAGAGUUCCGAGCAUGGAGGACGGCAGCUGUGGCACAAUGGCCGUUUCAAAGAGGCUUAUGCAGAGCUGGGACAUUGCUUGGGCAGUGGUGGUAUGGGAACAGUGUGGGCUGCACGUGUAAGUGAUGCGGCUUCUUCAAGGUACAAGGGACGCUGGGUUGCAGUGAAGGCCAUUCCCAUUUUGCUUCCCCAGUCACGAGAACCAUCUGCUUUGCAUCAAGGCUUGCGUGAAUGCCUCUCGACAUUCCAAGAUUUGAGUUCAGCGCAUGUGGUUCGCUACGAGACAUACUGGCUUGAGGAGCCAGAGCAUCUGCCAGAAGCGAUGCAACAACUUCACCUUCCGCGUCCGGCUCAGCUGAAGAAGGAGGUUGAAGAGGAUCCUGCCUGGGUGUCCUCUUUGCGAUUCCGGGGAAGAGCUGGCACUGCCGGGAGCAGUCUUGCUUUCAGGCGCACGCGUAGCAGCAGUGAUGUGUAUCCAACUCCCCCUGGCCUUGACGGAAGCCUCGGGUUCAUUUGGGAGGUAGAUUCGCUGCAGCAUGAGCUGUCACGCCCGUCAACACCACCUCCAGCAAGAGUUGUUUGGCAGGACAAGGUGGAAACCAAGCAGGUUGUCUUGCUGAUCGAAAUGGAGCUGAUGGGAUCGGCGCCAGAUGGAAGCAUAUCAGAUGACCGGCAGACCUUGACUCUCCGAAGUUGGCUAAAACUCGAGAGUCGCACGCUUUCGGACGCUGCUGAUGUCUUUGGUUCUUUGAUGUUGAGUGUUCGCCACAUCCAUCGCAAGCGGAUCGUGCACAGCGAUUUGAAGCCGGACAAUAUUUUCUGUGUAGCAGAACGUUCCAAGGUCAAAGUGGUUCGCAUCGGUGACUUCGGUCUUGCUGGUGAGAACCAGCUCUUCCGCCAAUUUGACCAGCUCUCUUCGAAGAUGCUGAAGAAUAAGACCGCAAUGGGGGGCACACCUGGAUACACUGCUCCGGAGAUCCUCCUGUGCGCCCGACAUGGGCCAUCUUCCGGGGCGAAUGCUUGUAGUGACAAGGUGGACAUCUAUUCUUGUGCAGUAAUCUUGUUGGAGCUCUUGUUGCAGCCAUUCAGGACGCACAUGGAACGCAUCAGCACCAUGGACAAGUUCAACGAAAGCAAGAUUGUUCCUGGAUAUGUCGCCGUGCGGCUUCCAAAGACGCGAUGUCUUCUGCAGGAGAUGGCAGAGAGCGAUCCUGCCGCGAGGCUCUCUGCAGAAGAGGUUUGCAAGCGAUUUGAGAAGGAGGUGAGGAAAGAGCUGUGCCGGUCGGCGAGUCAACUUUGCUGCGACUCCAACCCAGCCUUUGAAAAGUGCUCAAGUGCAGCGCAAGGGGAAGCAAAGUCUUCGCCUUAAGCAUUGUGAGACUCAGAGCCCCUAACAGCUUCUUGCUCCUAGUAGUAUGGCCAGGAGCCCCUAGUAGCUUCUUGUUACUAGCAGCGAUGCCAGGAGCCCCUAGUAGCGUCCUUGCUCCUAGUUGUGAGACUCAGAAUUGCUCUUUACUGCUUACCGAUUCCAGCGCAGCCCGAGGCGGGAUGACACGGGAAAGCGCCGAAAGGGACGGCGGCGAAAUUGAGAGUGUAAAGUACAUUGAUCUAGCGAGAUUGAGUUUUAAGGGCUUGGUUCCAAUUGGUGUUCUAAUUUACACCUAAACACCAAUCGGGCCACAACUUUACAUAGAUGGUCGAUGUCAAGGUUGAACAUGGUUUCGACCUGACGUCGACACCGAAUUUGCUCCCGAAUGGGAGCGUUGCAUGUGCCAUUUUCGUAUACUCUUUGUGCUCCUCGUUCUUCUUCCUCUUCUUCUUCGCUUCUGAAAGCAGCUCGUUUGUUGACUUGGUGGAUGUGUGGACGAAAACAGUGCAACUCUAGAGCUCAGCCAUUGCAUUGGUUGAGUGCGGUUCUAGCCGCCAAGCUUUGUGCAGGUCAUUAGCGGUAUAGCCAAUAGAGUG